AAAAGAAAAAAAAACUCUCCAACAACAUGCAGGCACCGGCCCCCGGUCCAUCAAUCGCAGUUCUGUAGACCUGUACCAAGAAGAUGCGUCCUGAAACCUCCUCACGGCCUUCUUAAUUUCCUCUCUUGCUGAAAAGAUGCUAUCAAUAGGCGUCGUCAGGCUUGUACCGGAAAGAAGAAACUCCCCAGCAAUUCCCCUCCCCAACCCACAAGCAAUGCCCAUGGACCUGCCAUCAUCGCCCUCGACGAUCCAACAAUGUCCAUGCCCUAUAAAAAUGGUAUGACGCCGAUCAGCCCGACGAAUCGAUCGAACAAGAAGAAGAAGAGCCCGCCGGCGGCGACGACGACGGAAGCGCCGUUCGACCGCGUCCGGUACAGCCAGGUCGGGAGCGCGAUGGCGUCGAACGAGGCAAUGUGGGGCUCGACGAGCUCGGGCGGCGCGCCGGCGUGCGCGUUCCCGACGGUGCCGCGGGUGGCGCGGUCGCACGCGUGGGACUGGGCCGCGCUGCUCCUCCUGGUCGCCGUCGACGCGCUGCUCAACAUCGUCGAGCCGUUCCACCGCUUCGUGGGCGCCGGCAUGAUGGCCGACCUCAGAUACCCCAUGAAGAGCAACACCGUCCCCGUCUGGGCCGUGCCGGUCAUUGCCGUCAUUGGGCCUGUGGUCAUCUUCAUCCUCAUCUACAUCAGGCGGAGGAACGCGUACGAUCUUCACCAUGCGAUUCUAGGCAUCCUAUUUGCGGUGCUGAUAACCGGGGUCCUGACCGACGCGAUCAAGGACGCCGUCGGCCGCCCGCGCCCAAACUUCUUCUGGCGAUGCUUCCCCGAUGGAAAAGCGGUGUACGACAACAUCACCACAGGAGUGAUAUGCCACGGCGAUCCAAGGGUGAUAAAGGAAGGGCACAAGAGCUUCCCGAGUGGGCACACCUCAUGGUCAUUUGCCGGCCUGGGGUUCCUGUCGUGGUACCUCGCCGGGAAGAUCACCGUGUUCGACCGUCGGGGCCACGUCGCCAAGCUCUGCGUCGUCCUCCUGCCGCUGCUCGUCGCGGCGAUGGUUGCCAUCUCGCGGGUGGACGACUACUGGCACCACUGGCAAGACGUCUGCACCGGCGGCGCCCUCGGACUGGUGGUCGCUUCAGUUUGCUACCUCCAGUUCUUCCCAGCUCCGUCAGACGAGAAAGGCUUCUGGCCGCACGCGCACUUCAGGUUCAUCACCGAGCAGGAGGAGGAGAGCCGAGCGCAGCGGCCUGCAGAGACGGGAGAGCGCAGCAGCCACGAGCUGGACGCGUUGGAAGCCGGCCGGAGAGAUCAGCUGUUGUAGCAUCAUCGAGCGGCGGGCGCUGCGCUGCGCGCUAGUGCAGGAUCAACGGUGUGCAGAGGCCGCCUCCGUAGGUCGUGUGAUUAUUUGCAGGCCGUCACUGACGCAGACUACUGACGUGAUCCCUCCACGUAUAUACACGCAUGCUUGCUCUGAAGCUCGAUGUGAAUAGCUGUGCGCUUUGGAACUUGUAUAUAUCCGAUUUUUUAUGCACAGCAAUCGAAAAUUAAUAAAUGGUGCUUAUCCUACAAAUAUGAGGUAUAUAAAGCCUCCGUUUCUGAAUAGUACUUGUCAAUUUUAGGGCUGACACUA